AUGCCGGUCAAGCUCCCAGGCAAGUUUCGCCGGAAGUCGUCGGGCAAUGCAUUGGAGAAGCAAGAGGCACCACCGUCUUUCCGAGUUAUACCUCGAGACGAGGUGCAGGCUGCAGCAGAGACGGCUGCGAAUACCAAGAGGAUGAGUCUUGGACGGCCUCUUAGCUCCCCAAAGCAACCAUUCCAGCAGCCACCGUCCGAAGAAGACUCUGGAACCAGCCUCAGGGGCAGCGAAGGCAGUAGCGCUGCCAAUUCUGCAAUAUCGAGAGUCUAUGAUACUUCAUCAUCCGCGCGAUUCAGUUCUUCGUCGACCUUGCCUUCGUCCACCGAUGCCGAGAACGAGGAGUUUUCCAAGCGAAAGAGCAUUCCCACGCCUACUUCAGAUUGGCGCUCAUUCUCUUUUCUCGGUGCAGCUCGUACUUUCAAACCUGGUGCCAAAGGUCACAAAGUCUCAACAUCUGUGGCCUCCGAGGUAGACAAAGGAGAGAUCUCUCAAGAGCCUUCGACUGGCAGCCUCGCAUCAAGGGACAGAGCAAUGACCACAAGUAGCUACGCCAGCACUGCGAUGGCGCCAAAGAUCGAUGGAGAUCUUGGCUUGGGAUCAACUGAUUUUGGAAGUGGGUUCGGAGAUCUUUUCGAGGGCGCGGGCCGAAGAGGAAGUGCUAUCAUGGAAGAGACGGAGUCAUCGCAUUUCCUCGCUCCGACCGCAAUCCGAUCUGACUCCGCCCCAAUGCUCUCUCUACCUGCCGCCGCUUAUGCCGGACACUAUGCCCCAAAGUCUAGCGGUGCGAUAUUGCCUUUACCCCCCACUAACAAGAGUGAUAAUUCGGCAUGUUCCUGGGAUAGCCGCGAUCACCAUCACAAGGGUAUGUGUGCAUAUGGGCCCCAAGAGGCGGCAUUUCCGACCAAGCCACCUUCCGUCCCUAUCCAUGCCCAAAAGUUGGCAUCUGAGGCUGCUUCGGCGAAUCCUGGGGUUGUCUUCUCCGCAGCCGCAAGAGUUGGUGGCUACACCAUCCCUGCACAAAACCUCGCCAAGACAUCAAACUACAGUUCCCGCGUUUCUGAGGAUGCCGACACGAAAGCGGUGAGGGAUUCGGCCAUCAAGCGCAAGUCGCUGCAUUCCGAGGGUCAUAUCGACGCUUCUAGUAAGAUUGCCAGGGAGAAUAGUGGCUUGCAGCCCAAUGCACUAUCCGCCACCUCAUCUUCCAGCAACUCAAUGAAAACGCCUUCUCUGUCAUCAGCUGGAUCGAGUGUGCGCACAAACGAACUACCACUCAACUUGCCGACCGGUCGUAGAGUAACUCCGACACCACUGUUCGACAGCGACCAGGUGCACUCUAACGAUACGACUCCGCGCGCUACGAAGGCUGAACCUCAUGGAGAAGAUGAGCCUUUAUUCAGCCAGUCAACAAUCGCAGACGUCAACGCCGCGUUCAAAUUCUCCGAGACGAAGGAUGAGACGCCCAGACGUAUGACCGAUGCUCAGUUCCAGCGCGAACGCAAGCAAAAGGAACUUUCGCGUAGCAAGGACAAUGCAAGCGAGAGCGAUUCUGAAGAAUCUGAUUACUACGAUGACGUGGACGAAACGGAGCGCAACAGGGAACAGGCGAAGCAACGGCGUAAGCAGGAAGCGGAUUUGGCAGUCUUCCGCCAGCAGAUGAAGAAGACCACAGGAGAGAAAACUGCAGAUCAUUCAUCGACACAGUUCCGGCCUUCCUCUGACGGAAGGUUCCAUAGUGCGAACAAUCUUCUCGCUGGACUUGGUGUAACGCCAGAUCGAAGUGGACCCUCGAGUGAUGACGAGGAUGAUGAGAUACCACUGGGCAUCUUAAAGGAGCACGGCUUUCCCAACAAGAAUCGCCCGCCUACCAAACUCCACGCGUCAAACUCACACAGCAACCUCCGUGUGGUUAGCCAGAUGAGCCAAUCUCCUGCCCGUCCUGGAUCCGUUGCUGGUUCCGUCGCCGGAGCUCCUCGAGGCAAUCUGCCCGUCUUCGCCCGAAAGUUUCCAGUCGAUCUCCCCUAUUUUGGUGCCGGCAUUGUUAAUGCGCCAAACCGCGAGCCACUGGCUUUCAACAGAAGCGCUGGCUCCGUUUACGGUGGCGGGGUCAACAACUCCAUGCCGCAACUACCUCCCCCUGGUGGCCUGGUCGGGGUUAUCGCCACUGAGGAGCGCCAACGGGCCAUGCGGCGCGGAAGUCCCAAUGUCCAGGGCCAUUAUGGUCCAAUCAUGCCUGAGCCAAGGCCUAUCACCCAGCAGAUGCCUCUAUACUCCCAUCAAAUGCCAUACAUGCAGCCACAAUUCAGUGCAAUGCCACAGCAGAUGCAUUCCCAGAUGCAGUUCCAAGGCCCAAUGAUGGGGGCAGCACAGCCAAUGGGAGGCGCAAUGGGUUAUCCGAACAUGGGCAUGGGUGCGGGCAUGGGAAUGAUGCCGCCUGUUCAAGACGAGAACGCCCGGAUUCAGGCAAUGCAGCUACAGCUGGAGAUGAUGAGGAUGCAGAACGUUCAGCCUUUGUCCAGCGCCACGGCCAUCAAUCCGUCCUACAAUAGCAUCAGCGGUGUCAUUCAUCCGCCUAAUCGCUACACCGACAAGUACCGUGACCGCGGCAGGCAGCAGAAAUUUUCGCUGGAAUCCUUGGGCCCAGCGCCCCCUCCUGGCUCCGAUCCGCUCGAAAUGUACGCUUGGCAGGAGGAGUACUACGCUCGCGCCAGUCGCUCCGGCAGGUUCACCUCGAAACAGCUGGAGACAAUGCAGUUAGAGAUGAUAGUGCAGAGGACGAGGGAUGGAGCUGCCAACCCAAUCACCACCCCCCAGCAAUACGGGAUGAGCAUGCUGCAGCCACCAUCGCAUUGGGCCGGCGUUGGAGCCAGCGGAUACGCGCCAUCAAUGCAAGGCCUCAACAUGGGCGCUGGCAACGGCUACGCACCAUCAAUCGCCCCCUCGGAACGCAGCAACAUCGGCAUGUCCCCCCGCUACCGCCCCGUCCAUCUAGGCCAAGACGCCGCAUCCACCGUCGCCUCAUCCGCCACCGUAGUUCAACCCACCUACGACAUGAACGAUAAGCUGAAAGCUACUGAGAGGAAUCCGUACAGCCGCGGCGUCGCUGCAAACGCUGCGCCCGAAGAAGACGAAGAGGGCUGGGGCGACUUCAAGAAGAAGCGCGGACCCAAGAACCCCAGGGGCGGCGGGAACAUGUUUUCGAAAAAUUAA